GCCUAUUAUCACUGUGCUGUCUGUGCAUAGAAAUUAAACUUUGUUUAUUUUGUGUUAAAAAGCUAACAAUAAAUCCCAUUAUUUUCUCAAUCAAAUCUGUCUUAGUGUGAAUAUUAUAGUUUUCAUAAACACUAAGAAGUAAUGUAUUAAUUUUUAAUAUUAAAAAGCAAAAAAGUUGUUGUAAUGGCUUCUGAAGAAAAUACGAACACAACAGACACAAAAAAUUACGAUGCUUGUUGUCGCACUUGUUUGAAAGAAUUUCAAGAUGAUAAUUUGAAUGAUAUAUUUGAACCUAGGUCACACAGGCUAGACAUGCCUAGAAUAAUAUUUUUGUGUACCACAGUAAUGAUCACGAAACAAGACGUCCUUCCAAAGAAAGUAUGCAACAGUUGCUACGACUUCUUACUGAACUAUCAUGAAUUUAGACACAAUGCCAUAAAUUGUGCUAUUGAACUUCAAGACUAUUUAGAUAAAACUGGCAUAAAAUCAGAAGACGAGGAUGUUGGGAUAGAACUCGACGGUGAUAAUAAUCAAUAUCAGACUGAAAAUUUAAAUGCGGGUGUGGAUCAUACUUUUGAUUCCGAGAUGGCAGUAACUGAGGAAACUAAUGCAUACUCUGAUAUAGCGGCUUUAUUCUCAGAAAUAUCAGAUGUUAACCAACUUAAUGAAGAACAAUUAAACUAUGUAGUAACAUGCAAUAUUUGCAGCAAAGAGUUUACAUCCCUUGACAAACUACACAGCCAUAAGAAGAGACAUGAAAUAACAUACACUUGUGAAGUUUGUUCUCAAGUAUUUAUUUACAAUUAUAAAUAUAUGGAACAUAUGAUGACACACAGGCCUACUGUAGAUAUGCCAACUGACACUGAAACAAAUACUGAAAUAAACCACAAUUCCGAACAGUUACCGACACUCCGUUGUGAAAUUUGUUCCGAAACAUUCAGAUCCAUUAACUCUCUAUCGGCACAUAAAAGAAAACACACACCAAAAGAUAGAGUGCUAUCCUGUACAAUAUGUGGCAUAGUGUUCAAAAAGCUGUCUCAUUUAAAAAGACAUGAACUGAGUCACGGUAUCAAUAAACCAUUUAAAUGUACUACGUGUCAAAAGUCAUAUGCAACAGAAUCCGCAUACUCCGAUCAUAUGAAUAAGCAUAAGGGGAUAAUGCCGCACUGCUGUCCAAUAUGUGCGAAGGCCUUCACUCAUCUCUCAAGUUUAAAAACACAUAUACGGGUUCAUACUAAAGAAAAGCCUUACUUAUGUCCUACUUGCGGGAAGACAUUCGACUCAAGUACUAAUUUGAAUCAGCACAUGAAUAGACAUCAAGGUUUGAAAUCAUUUGCUUGUAAUUUGUGUCCUAGGAAGUUUGUCAGUAAAGGGGAGUUAAAAUCUCACGUUGUAACCCACACUGGUGUGAAGUCAUAUUCGUGUGACCAGUGCAAUGCAUCAUUCACUAAGAACAGCUCUUUAACCACACACAAGCUCCGCCACUUGGGCAUCAAGCGCUACCAAUGUGAUGCUUGUCCUAUGAAGUUUACUUGCAAAGAUCACUUAAAGAGACAUAACAGAAUACACACGGGAGAGAGGCCCUACAAAUGUGACAUAUGUGAACGUGCGUUUACCCAGAGCAAUGACUUGGUCAAACACAAGCGUUCACACCUCGGCAAUAAUUUGUACAAAUGCGAGCAAUGCCCGCAAAGCUUCAGACUGCUAACAGAACUUCGGCAACACAUGUCAGAACACUUCUUAUCCGCACGACUUGAGGCGUUGAAUUUUAAUAACACUGAUAAUAACAAUAGUCAGCCAAUCGGUAACAUUCAACCAGUUGACAUAAGUCAACCAAUUGACAUAAGUCAACCAGUUGACACAAGUCAUCCAGUUGACAAUGAGCCUAUGACUGAUCUACCUCAAGAACCAGCUCAUGGUGAUGGUAACGAGAAUGAACUAUAAAAAGGGGUAUGACAUUUUUUUUAUGACUUAUUAACGGCCAUUUUCAAUAGCCUUCUUUUAUAUAUUAGACUAGCUUUCGCACGGGGCUCUGCUCGCGUGGUAUGUUGAUAAAU